AUGAAAUUUAACAUACCCUUUCUAUCUAUCUAUCUUUCAUUUCUCUAUUGCGCUUCUUGUUUAUUUACUGAAUCUUUUCUCCUUUCCAACCUGGAGGAGGCUGCUCCAGUAUCGUGUUUCCGGGAACGCUUCUCUCUCCCGCUUAGGCAGCGAGUUGCACGUGAGGCACAUCGUUCUGUUGCUUUUCUCCCUUUUCUCCCCCUUUUUACUACCGCGUUAAAUACGCACCUUGCGGCCGUGCCGCGGCCCGCCUCUUUUCAAGAGUUACCGCGAGUGCAGUGCCGAUUAUUGGGUAUUAACUGUUACCAUGCGACCCGUGUGUGGUGGUGCGGUCGUAAAAAAAGAGGAUGUCAAAAGGAAACCUUGCGCGUAAUAAAACAUACACUGGUGCGCGUCUGUGCGUUUGCGGUACCAGCGGAGUAA